CUACACUACGUCACAGGUACAUCUAACUGUUAUUUUAUUAAAAUAAGACAUAAUUAGACAUUUAUUUUAUCACUUUAAGGAGCAGAGUGAGAUUAAUAAACUUUAUAAAUAUAUUGUUAUUGUGUGAUUUAACUCAGACAGUCACAUGUACCGGUGUUAGCUGGUAGCUUUCCCCAGAGCCUCUCAGAGUUUCUCCCCGGGUUAGGAGCGUCUUUCUCCGGGUAGAUGGGAGCCGACGGGCCGCUGGAGGAGCCGGAGCUGCCGGAGCAGCCGUUGGGAAGGAGGGUUUCCUGCGGAGAGGAGCGAGCAACGGUCCGAUAUGUGGGCCCGGUACCACCGACAGCAGGGCUGUGGCUCGGUGUAGAGUGGGAUAAUCCAGAGAGAGGGAAACAUGACGGCAGCCAUGAAGGAGUCGUUUACUUCACCUGCAGACACCCUAAAGGCGGCUCCUUCGUCCGGCCGGCGAAGGUGAGCUUCGGCGUUGACUUCCUGACCGCUGUGCACCAGCUGUACCAGAUCGAUAAGGAAGAAGUGCUGAGCGAGGAAAUCUCCAUCUCCAGCAGGACGCUGGAGUGGGGGAAGAUCAAAGAGCGAGGUUUUGAGAGUCUUCCGUCGGUGCUGCUCGGUCGCUGUGAGGUGAACGGAGCCGGAGCCAUCGGAGACAUAAAGAGAGACACUCCCAACGUGCGAUGGUUGGAUCUGAGUCGGACUCUUCUGUCCUGCUGGGAAGACGUAGCGGCCGUCACGCAGCAGCUGGAGCAGCUGGAAGGACUUCAGCUCAGCUACAACCGGCUGCGUUUGACCUCUGACCCCUCGGCUCUCUGCCAGGCUUUCAACCGCCUCAAAGUCCUCUCUCUGAUUGGCUGCGACCUCACCUGGGCUCAGAUCCUGGAGUUGGCCCCGAUGUGGCCACAGCUGGAAGAUCUGUGUGUGGAAGAGAACAACAUCACAGAGCUGCAGAGGCCGGAAGGAGUCCUGCAGUCUCUGAAGAGUCUGAGUCUGUCCAGUAACCCUUUAAAGGAGGACAGUGUGCUCAGUAUCGCUGCUCUGCCCAGACUGGAGAAGCUCAGCAUGUCAAACACCGGACUGUCUGUCAUCCGAUUCGAUGACGUUCCUCCUGGAGCUCAGACCGCCAUGUUUCCUGCUCUGAAGAUUCUCAACCUGGACAACAACAACAUCACCGAGUGGUCGGUGAUUGACGAAUUAUCCAAAUUAAAAAGUUUAGUUCAGCUUUCGUGUCGCAGCAACCGGCUGGUCAGCAGUGAUGGAAACGUCAAAACAGCCAAUCAGCUGCUCAUCGCCAAACUGGGACAACUGGUCGUCCUCAACAGCUGUGAGUUCCACGCUGAGGACAGGAGGGGGGCGGAGCUCGACUACAUCAAGAUGUUUGGAGAGGAAUGGUUGAAGGCGGGCGGGCGGAGUCAGGUCAGCACCGAGUUCACCUGUCAGCACCCUCGUUACCUGAGCCUCAUCGACAAGUAUGGAGCUCCAGAGGAAGGCGAGCUGAAGAAGCCGCAGCCGUUUGCUCUCAAGAAUCAGCUGUUAAAGAUUAUGUUUGUGUUUCCUGAUGACGCCGACCGGAAGCCGAUUGAGAAGAAACUUCCAGCCUCCAUGGUUGUUCAGAAGGUGAAGGGACUCCUGUACAGACUGCUGAAGAUUCCUGCAGCAGAUCUGAAGCUCACCUACACCAGUCCCAAGAUGGCAGGGACAGAGUUUGAGAUCGACAGCGACCUGAAGACUCUGCAGUUUUACUCCAUAGAGGAAGGAGACCAGGUGUUGGUCCGCUGGUCCUGAACUGAGCAGCAUCAGACACUUCCAGGACUGAACCUCAGCUGUUAGACUGACGUUGUCCCUCUGUGUCUCUGCUGUAGAGGACACACAGACUCACACUGAGAGCUGGAUUCACUUCUAAAUGACUGAUGACGACUUUAAAACUACAAACAUAGAAUAAUUAGUCGCUUCUCUUCAGGACUGCGCUUACAAUCACACACAGGAAUAAACGUGAGCUUUAAAAGAGUCAUUUAAUAAUUUAACCCAAUAGACUUUUCACGCUUAACUUAUGAAUGUUUGCUUUCAUUUAUGUUUGUUCAGUUAAGUUUAGAAGUGUUAGAAGGCGGAUUCAGACUGAGCUGUGACACAGGAGUGCCUUGUUAUUAUGUUAUUACCAUUAACUGACAUGAGCUGAGCAACUAUGUUAAAGUCAGUCAUGUUUCCAACCAACUGAUUUUCACUUUGCGCAUAAAAAAACUGGAAUGGAAACACAAGACAUCCUGAAAAAAAGUCAGAAGGUUUGAUGAUAUAUUAGGAUAAAAAGCAAAUGUUAAAAGCCUUAAUGAAUAAAUGAUGACGUAUGUGAAUCAUGUGACGAUGAGGAGACUGUAACACUCUUUAAAACAAAUACAGGAAACCUACAGAAACGUCGUAUUUCCAUCAUGUUUUUCCAUCGUUUGAGCUUUGACUGACGCUCCUUAAAUGGCGUCAUCUCGUUGUUUUCUUCUGCGAUGGUUUAGUGGCACCGACUGGAGGAUUGGCGCCACCUUCUAUUUAUCUCAUUACAUUCACAGGGAAUGGGAAGAUUACCCGAUCUACAUUAAUGUUCACGAUGAAAGUUUGUCUUUAUUCUUCAGAAAUGUGACCAAAUAAUUUGUGACCAAUAAUUUCAUAUUUAGAUUGAUAUUCCUCCUCUCGUAACUGUUUCUCAAGUUUACUAACAGACUACAGCGAAGUGGUUCACUGCCAAAACGCUGCAGGUGGAACUCACACUCCAGAAUUAUUGUUCCACACAUCGGAGAAAGUGGAUUAUUAAAGUAUUUCGACAGUAAUUGUUUGGGUCACAGAUCAGAGUUUGUCAAAGGUUCAGAUGGGUUUUUAGAGGCCAAACGAGAAACAGCAUAAAUAAGAUACUUACUGCAGUAUCAGAGAAACAAAUAUGUAAAGUAAAAAUGUCAUUUUUGAAUUAAUUUAUGAUUUGCUGUUUGCUUAAGAAAUAAACUCAAACUCUGUAACAUGUUGAAUUGCGGCGCAUCUUUCUUUUGCAUCACGUCGAAUCGUAUCGUACCACAUCACAAUAGGGGUGAAUAGUUUCAUAUUGCAUUGACAGUUUAUAUCUAAUGAAUCGAAGCAUUAGCAGUGUAUCGAGGUUAAUUUCACAGUGAUGGAAAUGCUCAUAACUCAUAUUCACUCAACAGGGGUCGAUGGAAACAAACAUUCACUACAGUUUCUUUUGCUGAUUUUCUGGAUAUUUGCAGAAAUUUUUGCUACAUUUGAACAGGAACCUGAAUUUCAGCUCGAUUGUCCAUUUACUAGCUUCUCUGAAGUGUUGACAAAGGUUAAACGAACCUUUCAUGCUCAAAUACAGAAACAAGAAAGUUCUAAUGUGAUCUAAAGCUAUGUGAGCUAAAUCCAAGUACAGAUGUCAAAUGAAUCAAUAACGUUGAUGA